AUGAGGGGAAGUAGUAGCCUAGCCCCGCAGAAAAAUUCCGAUGCAACGGCAUCUUCGUUGACAGUGAAGGAGGAAAUACUGUGCGCAUUGGCAGCAGCAGCAGCAACACUGCAGGAUAACCUGAAGAUUGAUUCGGCCGAGGAGACUGACGAGGCGGAGCGUACAGGGAUCAAGAAUGUGGCCGGGACACUGUACGUAACUUUGGAACUCAUUUUUCAAAAGAAUAUCCGAUUUCUGACCUGGCCGAAGACAAGCAGAUGUCUUAUUUAUCAUGUAAGCGAAAAGGGGAAUGGUUUUUUGGAAGCCUGGUGGACUGAUGAUCGUAAUUCUGCCCAG